CCCCCCGCCCUGCGCCGCCGCGGCGUCGGGAGGCACCACUGCCGCUGCCGGGGGGUUCCUGGCGCCGGAACGUCCCGCCCUCCCCGCGGGGGAGCGGCCCAUCCGUCCCCGCCGCGCCGUCCGGGGCCGGGCCCGCGCCCGCGCCCCCGCGUGUCCUCUCGGGUCCCGGCCCCCGAGCCAGCCCGCUGCGCGCCCGGGAGUGGACGAGAUCGCGGGCAAGCGCCUUGCCCGUAACCGCUGCUCGGGAGUUCCUGGGAUCUUUGGCAGCAUGUAAGCGCCUCUUGCCAAGAACCCAGGUCACCGCUGAGAAGAGGGCCUUAGGGAGGAAAGUAUUCAGAGGAAACCAAUGCCGGACUCGUCUGGAGUUACAGUCACCGCAGGCAGCAUGAGACAUUUCGUGCCAGCACCUGUGUCCUCCUGGCAAGGCCUGUAGCUCUCCAGGGAGGAGGGUCCUGGGAGCAGCACACCAGGAGCCUCUCUAGAGGAAGCAUGGGGCCAGAUGUGAACACUACAGUGAAUGCAUUUUUCGGCUUAUGAAGGAGUUUUAAGGAAAACAGUUAUUUAAUUUCUGCAUAUUCAUGUUCACUAGCCUCCUGUGGGAAGUGCCAGUGGUCACACCCCCUCCACUGGAGUUAUCAGGAUUUUUCUGGCACUGAGGUGAACUCUUCCUGGUACUUCUGGCAAUGACAGAUCUUCAAGACAGGUUUAUCUGCUAAAUGCUCUUGGGCAGGAGAAAAAGUAAAACUUCUGGGAGCAGCACGAGGGUGGCAGAGCCCGGAUUGCGCACUCGCCGUUCACUCGCCUGGACGCCCUGCCUGGCCUCGGAUGUGGGCACUGAGGACUGACCCUGCCCCGGCCACCCCUGCAGCCUGUCUCUUCUGGGGAGGGCGGGCCGCCUCGGGAGCCCCUUUCUGUUCGCAUCCUACUCCCAGGCGCUCUGUUCUGGCCGUCGAGUGAUGUGAACUUGGGAAUGGAGUUGGCGCCCCUGCCCAGGCUGAUGCUGUUGGAGAGGACCGUCUGAGGCCGAGCUUCGUUCGUGGGGAGGAGGGCGCCGGCCUGGCCUGCAUCCUCCACCAUGUUCCUGUUGCUGCCCUUUGACAGCCUGAUUGUCAACCUCCUGGGCAUCUCCCUGACCGUGCUCUUCACCCUCCUCCUGGUUUUCAUCAUCGUCCCCGCCAUUUUCGGAGUCUCCUUCGGUAUCCGAAAGCUCUACAUGAAGACUUUGUUAAAGAUCUUUGCGUGGGCGACCUUGAGGAUGGAGAGAGGAGCCAAGGAAAAGAACCACCAGCUGUACAAGCCCUACACCAAUGGAAUCAUUGCAAAAGAUCCCACGUCACUAGAAGAAGAGAUCAAAGAAAUUCGCCGGAGUGGUAGCAGUAAGGCUCUGGACAACACUCCUGAGUUUGAGCUCUCUGACAUUUUCUACUUCUGCCGGAAAGGGAUGGAGACCAUUAUGGACGAUGAGGUGACAAAGAGGUUCUCGGCAGAGGAGCUGGAGUCCUGGAACUUGCUGAGCAGGACCAAUUAUAACUUCCAGUACAUCAGCCUCCGGCUCACCGUGCUGUGGGGCUUAGGAGUGGUGAUUCGGUACUGCUUCCUCCUGCCGCUCAGGGUAGCUCUUGCUUUCACGGGGAUUAGCCUGCUAGUGGUGGGCACCACGGUGGUGGGAUACCUGCCAAACGGGAGCUUUAAGGAGUUCCUGAGUAAGCACGUUCACCUAAUGUGCUAUCGGAUCUGCGUGCGAGCCCUGACGGCCAUCAUUACCUACCAUGACAGGAAGAACAGGCCUAGAAACGGUGGCAUCUGCGUGGCCAAUCAUACGUCUCCCAUUGACGUCAUCAUUUUGGCCAGCGAUGGCUAUUACGCCAUGCCUUGGGAGCUCCUUGGGACCCAGGUGGGGCAGGUGCACGGGGGCCUUAUGGGCGUCAUUCAGAGAGCCAUGGUGAAGGCCUGCCCGCACGUCUGGUUCGAGCGCUCCGAAGUGAAGGAUCGCCACCUGGUGGCUAAAAGGCUGACCGAGCACGUGCAGGAUAAAAGCAAGCUGCCCAUCCUCAUCUUCCCGGAGGGAACCUGCAUCAAUAAUACAUCGGUGAUGAUGUUCAAAAAGGGAAGUUUUGAAAUUGGAGCCACAGUUUACCCUGUUGCUAUCAAGUACGACCCCCAGUUCGGGGAUGCCUUCUGGAACAGCAGCAAGUAUGGGAUGGUGACGUACCUGCUGAGGAUGAUGACCAGCUGGGCCAUCGUCUGCAGCGUGUGGUACCUGCCUCCCAUGACCAGAGAGGCGGAGGAAGACGCUGUCCAGUUCGCAAACAGGGUGAAGUCCGCCAUUGCCAGGCAGGGAGGCCUCGUGGACCUGCUGUGGGACGGGGGUCUGAAGCGGGAGAAGGUGAAGGACGCAUUCAAGGAGGAGCAGCAGAAGCUGUACAGCAGGAUGAUCGUCGGCAACCACGAGGACAGGAGCCGGUCCUGAGCCCCUGCCGCCGGGACGCCGCUGCUCGGGCUGCUCCGCGCGCGGGACUCCUCCAGCUUCUCCGAGCCGCCUGGGCCCCUCCCAGGCCGCGCUGCCUUCUCGUUGCUUUUCCGCUGAGCCCAUUGGAGGAAUGCCAUUAAAGUCCCUUCCCCAGCGUGCCUGUGCGGCCUGAGCGCUGCAGCCCGCCGGCCCCGCCCGGGACCCGGGCGCUGUGUGUCCCGCAGGCUGGAGGAGGAGACACUGUCGUCUGCAGGAGCCCCGGCUGUCCCCUGGGUCGGGAGGCGGUGGGCCGCCUCCCUCACCGGGUUGUUGUGGGUGCUCACGUGCUACCACGAGGGAAGGACCGCCAGCUUGGUGUGCGGGCUGGGCCGGGAGGUGGGGCGGGAUGAGGGGAAGCUGGAGCCGCUCACGGGGCUCCGGGUUUGUUUGUGUGAGUAAAUAAAGUUGUCUCUGAUGUUGACUGGAUCGAGGGUGUUUCCCGUCACGCCCCCUCCCCAGCUGUGGCGCUCGGCAGCUUGUUUCUUAUCAGCGUUAGGAUUCUCUGAACCAUCAGGGGACUCGGCUUCUAGGACAGGGACUAGUAUUGCUGGGAAGAAGGUAGAGCCCUCCUGUCAGAUGUGUGCGUACCUCUGGGUGAUUUGGAAUUUGCGGCACUGUUGAGACGUGGGUGCCCUCCUGAGAUGGGUGCCGUGGGAUUGGAGGUGUGUGAUGGUGGGCGGGGGCACUGCUUGUCACGUGCGGGGAGUGGAAGAUGGUCUGGAGGUAAGGUCUGGGGAGGCGAUGAGGAAAGCUGGGACCAGGCAGGAGCAGGGGCUCUGGUGGGGGGGGGGGGGUGUUUGGUGCCCCGUGGGCUUCACGCAGCCGGAGGGAAGCUGCUGGCCUCCUGCGCCCGCCUCUGGUCACUUGAAGCAGGUCCAGAGCCAGGCCCCCUUCCCAUUGCCCGCUUCUAGGCUCUGCUGAAUCUAGAUCCCUCAGGAGAGAGCUGCCUCUCCCCCCACUUAUCUGUCUGUGUGUCUCUCCCCACACCCUGCUCUGGAAGAGUAGCCACCACACCCUUCGGGGUUUUGCAGCAGCCUUGGGAUGUGUCACCUGUCCAAGCCGCCCUCUAUCCUUGAUGUGGGGAGGGGUUGGCAGUGGGGCCUGGCUCCAGGGGCUCCUGACCUCGGUCUGUCACCCUAACUGCUGACUGCCCCCCCCACACCCCCAGUAGCCUCCCAUUUCCUCCUACCCACCCCUGCCAACCAGC